AGAAAAAUGGCAACCACCGUAGACUGGUCGGAGUCUGUGGGUGCGGCUGUGGGCACCACACCCUACGACUACGAGGAGGCAAUGCCGUGUGAAAAAGUCAAUGUCAAGGAGCUGGGGGCGCAGUUCCUGCCCCCACUGUAUUCCCUGGUGUUCGGGGCUGGGCUGCUGGGCAAUGUGGUGGUGCUGGUGAUCCUCACAAAAUACAAGAGGCUCCGGAUUGUGACCAACAUCUACCUGCUUAAUUUGGCGAUUUCUGACUUGCUCUUUCUGUUCACUCUGCCGUUCUGGAUUCACUAUGUGGCGUGGAAUGAGUGGGUCUUUGGCCACCGCGUGUGUAAGUUCCUCUCAGGGCUUUAUUAUCUGGGCUUGUACAGCGAGAUCUUCUUCAUCAUCCUGCUGACGAUAGACCGGUACCUGGCCAUCGUCCACGCCGUGUUCGCCCUUCGAACCCGAACUAUAACAUUUGGCAUGGCAACCAGCAUCUUCACAUGGGGCCUGGCAGGGCUAGCAGCCCUCCCGGAAUUUAUCUUCCACGAGUCCCAAGAGGAUUUUGGAAAGCCUGUGUGCAGUCCUCUUUACCCAGAAAAUGAAGAAAACACCUGGAAGCAUUUCCACGUGCUGCGAAUGAAUAUCUUGGGUCUCGCCCUGCCUCUGCUCGUUAUGGCUGUCUGCUACUCAGGAAUCAUCAAAACGCUGCUGAGAUGUCCCAGUAAAAAGAAGUACAAGGCUAUCCGGCUCAUUUUUGUCAUCAUGGUGGUCUUUUUCAUUUUCUGGACACCUUACAACCUGGUUCUCCUUCUCUCUGUUUUUCAAACGACCUUCCUUGAGACCGACUGUGAAUGGAGCAAGCAGCUGGACCUGGCCAUGCUGGUGACAGAGGUGAUCGCCUACUCGCACUGCUGUGUCAACCCCGUGAUCUACGCCUUUGUCGGUGAGAAGUUCCAAAAACACCUUCGCCACUUUUUCUACAGGCAUGUGGCCAUCUACCUGGGCAAAUACAUCCCAUUCCUUCCUAAGGAGAAACUGGAAAGAGCCAGCUCUAUAUCCCCAUCGACAGGGGAGCAGGAACUUUCUAUUGCAUUUUAAGUCAGAUGCAGAAAAAGUCCUCAAGAACAGGUGCUGGGCAGAUGAAGCAAACGCAUUGACCUCUCCACCAGCCCUUUGAAUUUCCAGCACAACACUGAAGCCCGUGAAGACAUUAAAAUAUACACCCAAUAAUGGCAAUAUAGCUGUGUGCCCCAAAGUCAUUACCAGAGGUCAAUGGCUGGUCAGUUUACUUAGUGUUAAACAUGAAAAGCAGAGCUUUGCUUGAUUCUCUGUAGAGUUACAUGUAUUUUAGUGCACCUGAAUGUUAGUUACUAUAUGCAGCUGCAAACAUGUAAAUCUUUAAAUAUUCUAGAUCAUAACUUCAGCCAGCUACUGCUUAAGGGAAACAUUUCACAAAUACAAUGAAAUCAGUUACAAUGCUUAUUAAUGUGCCAGCCCUUUCCAAGCUUGAUGAAAAGACUUUUUUUUUAGCUUAUGGAUAUGUACUCUCAUGGCAUGUAACAUCUGUUCUGAAUAUGCUUCAUAGGGAAUUGAUUUCCUAUUCACACCAAAUGACCAUAUUUCCCAUGAGGGACUCAAAAGAAGAAGAGCAAUGUGGUAUUUUUAGUGUAGAGAAUAAAGGCCCUGCUCAUAGAAAUUCCUUAGAGCCCUGAAAUGUGCAGACACUGUCCUCUUAAAUGCUUGUCCAACAACUGUGUGUUAGGCAAUACAGACAAGAUGCACAGACAUGGCUUUAGCUUAACUGGAGAAAGCAGAAAUGUCUAAGACAAACACAUUCCCUGCCCCCAUGAAACCUUCCAUCUAGCAGAGGAUGUAAGAUGGGAAAAAAUAGCUGCAGUGCAAAGAGAAACACACUCACUGCUCUGCCUGGCACAGGAAGGGAAAGACCAUUUCCAGCUGGAAGACUUAAUGGAGGAAGUAGCUUUUGAGAGGUUCUCUGAAGGAGGGGCAGGAUUUGGAAAGUGAGAGGAUUUGGAAGAUGCAUCUUAAUCCAAUGGAAUCCUCAAAACAAAGGUGAGAAGGGAGGGCGUGAACAUGCGUGGACAGCAGGGUGGGAUGGCAGGCUGGGAUGGGCCGGGAAGUUCAGGCAAAGCAUCUUGGGCUUUCUUGGGAAGGCAAGGGGAGCUACUGAAGCGUUUAGAGCAGGGGAGGAAAACAAUCAGCAUGGUGUGUUAGGAAGGUAAGUCUGGUAACACACAGAGGACAGAAUGUAGGCCCCAGAACUAGGCAGGGAGGGAAGUUAGAAGACAAGUGUAGUGUGGAAGCAAGGGAAGAUCCAUGGCCGAUGAGAGAGACGCCAGGACCUCCCAGAGAAGAGUCUGGCCAAGAGGCACAGUGAGGCAAGAGCCAAAGCAGGAGUGAUAUAUGGUUGAUUGAGAAAAAAAAACAAAAAACGAGCAAAAGAGAGUAAAUCAUAAGUUAAUAAAAAAAGGAGAUACUAUUUUUCAUCGAGGUUAGAGGCACUGGCCAUCCCUUAAAGGAUACGAGAGAAAGCAGUGACCUGUUUAACUUUAGAAAGGGAUGUGGGUGGAGAACAGGAGGAGUAUGACCUUUCUUUGAAAACCUUUUGUGCUUUUUGUAUUUUGAACCAUGGAGACAUGCUACCUAUUCAAAAAAAUAAACCAAGGAAACAUGCUUCCUAACACACCUUGUUGAUUGUUUUCCUCCCCUUUAGAGUUACAUAAAAAAAUAAAAGGCUAUACUGCUCUUCAUAAGUGGAAUCCAUUUUACCAGCUUUAAGGACAUUAGAAGCGCCUGUGUGAAUUGACCCUGAAACCUGCUUUGAUCAUCUCUAGCCCUCUUGUAGUCCAAGAAGACUUGGUCUUGCUGAAGUUUUGUAGCUGGAGGCUAAAAGUCAACAAAAUAGAUUCUAAGAAAGCAGGGAGGGGACACAGUGGGCAAUUUCCAUAGCAUCCCGCCUCUUGGCCAAGCAGUUCCCACUGCCUACUACGGUGGACUCAAGCUCCAUAUGUCCAUUCCUCCAUCUGGUCACUUAUUCAUUCAUUCAGUAAACAGCUGCUGAGCACCCACCAUGUUCUCAGCUAAGUCCUAGGUAAACAAAAUUAGGCCCUCUAUGGGCCCUGCCCUCGGGCUGGAUUGGACACUGCUCUUGUCCUACCUUUGCCAAAGGUCA